CAUAUCUUUGUCAGAAGCUUUGAUGUGUCUGGAACCACACAAACAAAUGAAAAGGAUAUCAAUGCCAAUAAUUCAUUUGGACAAAAACUAGCAAGUUGCCAUGGCUCCGGCUCCCCAUUAAUUUCUUCAACCUAAAAACCUCAACCACACCCUUCUUCUUCCUCUUCUUCUUCUUCUUCUUCUUCACAAACCAAACCAAACCAAACUAAGCCAAGCCAAACCAUGAAUACUGCAGAUCAACCUCCUCCACUCCACAUUGCAGUAUUCCCAUGGCUAGCUUUUGGUCAUAUGAUUCCACUCUUAGAACUCUCCAAAUCCUUAGCCAAAAGAGGUCACCAAAUCUCCUACAUCUCCACUCCAAGAAACAUCACAAGACUACCAAAACUCCCUCCAAACCUCUCCUCUCUGAUCCACCUUAUCCCUUUAACUCUCCCAAAGGUCCCUGGCCUCCCGGACAACGCUGAGGCCACCUCCGACCUCCCACCGGAGAAAGUCCAGUUGUUAAAGUUGGCACUAGAUGGCCUCCAACAACCAUUUGCCAACUUCCUUAAAGAGUCUUCUUCAUCGAAGCUGAAGAGAAAACAACCAGAUUGGAUAAUCCUAGACUUUGCCACUCCAUGGGCUCCAUCUGUAGCCUCUCAGUUCUCCAUCCCUUGCGUUGUAUUCUCCAUCUUCACCGCGUCCAUGCUGGCCUUCUUUGGCCCGGAGAACGAGCUCACCCCGGACGGCUCCAGGACGACGCCGGAGCACUUCACUGUUCCUCCAAACUGGAUCCCUUUCCCUUCUAAUCUCGCCUACUCUCUCCACGGAGCUACUCUUUUAGUUAACAACGUUUACAGAGUAAAUGCUUCCGGCGUGCCAGACAUUUGCCGCGUUGGUUCCACUCUGCGAGCAUGCAAACUCGUAGCUCCGAGAUCGUGCAUGGAGUUAGAGUCUGAAUACUUGAAUCUCCUUCAAAACCUCUAUAACAAGCCUGUCAUUCCUGUUGGCCUCCUUCAACCAUCAUCAUCAUCAUCAUCAAACACAAAGACUAGCGAUGUUAAAAAUGAUCCAAUCUUGCAGUGGCUGGAUAAGCAAGAACCAAAGUCAGUAGUAUAUAUAGCUUUUGGAAGUGAAGCCACUCUGAGCAUCGAGUUGCUGCAUGAACUUGCAUUAGGCCUUGAGAUGUCUGAGUUUCACUUCCUCUGGGCUCUGAGGAAGCCUGUUGACUUUGAAGGUGAGGUUUUGCCUGAAGGUUUUGAAGAGAGGACUAAAGAACGUGGGGUGGUGACCUUGGGUUGGGUUCCUCAGCUUGAUGUUUUAGGACAUGUGUCUGUUGGUGGCUUCUUGACUCAUUCUGGUUGGAGUUCAGUGAUUGAAGCUCUUCAGUUUGGGCACCCUCUUGUUCUCCUUCCAAUAUUUGCAGACCAAGAUAUAAACGCAAGGAUGGUGGAACACAGAGAAUUUGGAGUUGAGGUGAAGAGGAAGGAGGAUGGAUCCUUUGACAGAGAAGCAGUGGCUAGUGCUUUAAGAUUGGUGAUGGUUGAUGAUGAUGAUGAUGAUGAUGAUGGGAUGAAGGUCAGGGUCAAAGCUAAAGAGUUGAGUGUAGUCUUUGCUGACAAGGAGAGACAGGAACAGUAUGUUGAUGAUUUUCUACAGCAUCUCAAGGAUCAUAGAGAUGUUUAAAGUGAACUUUAUUUAUUGCAGUUUAUCUUCCAUGCUAUUUAUCUUGUGAUAUAUGUAGCUCUCUCUGAUUUUAUUUGGUAACAAUAUUCUGUACAAUAAUUCUAGCAAAAGAAAAAAAACUGCUAUAUA